AUGUCGCGACGGCCGUCUUCCGACAGGGCGGCACAGAAUGCACAAACCUUGAAGGCCCUGGUAAAACUUGAAGGGAAUAAGGUGUGUGCCGAUUGCAAGAGAAACAAACACCCACGAUGGGCGAGUUGGAAUCUGGGCGUUUUCAUCUGCAUCCGAUGCUCAGGCAUCCACCGAGGGAUGGGCACCCAUAUCAGCCGCGUCAAGUCCGUCGACCUCGAUGCCUGGACAGAUGAACAACUGCAGAGUAUACUAAAAUGGGGCAAUUCACGGGCGAACAAGUACUGGGAAGCAAAGCUGGCGCCUGGCCAUGUGCCAUCUGAAGCAAAGAUCGAGAACUUUAUACGCACAAAAUACGAGUCCAAGAGAUGGGUGAUGGAUGGUCCUAUGCCAGAUCCGUCUUCUUUGGAUGCAAACGGUGACGAUGAUACACCCCUAAACAUUGUCCAGGAGAAGGCCAAGCUCGAGAGAUCAGCUUCACAGCGACAAGCAUCGACCCAGCCGCCACCACAGCCUCGUCCGGCGGCAAAUGUGAACCUCUUUGACGAUUUCGCCCCUCCUCCGCCAGUGAGACCAAAUACUGCAGACAUCCCCACCAAGAGGCCGACUCAAACUGGGCCGCCAGCACCGGCCCCCAGGGCAGCGCCGAAACCGCAGGAUUCACUUCUUGGACUGGACUUCUUCGGGAACACACCAUCAGCUGGUAUCGGCCGCCCUUCGAGUGCGGCGUCUAACCCCACCCAGUCCACAAAUACCAGAGGUGACUUGAAGAGCUCGAUCCUGUCGUUAUAUGCAAGCGCACCCAAACCUCAACCUCAGCAUAACCGUGAACCAUCAUUUGGUGGAAUGACAGCGUCUUCAGCCACGAAACAAGAUGCCUUUGGAGGAUUGGCUGAUGCCUUUGGCGGGAUCAGCUUUACCGACAGUAACACAACGAAGCCGACAUCUCCAACGCAAUCAGCAUCCGCAUUUUCGGCUUUUGGCAGCAUGAUCAGUCCAGUUCCUGCGAAGGCGACUCCUUCGGCACCACAAAUCACUUCUCCACCACCUUUGAGCGGUGGGGGCUUCUUCGACAGCGUACCGUCAAAGCCUUCCGCUCCCAGACCGACUGUCACUUCGGCUUCAGCUUCCAACGGACUGGAUUUUUCCUUCACGCAGAAGGUCACGUCUCCUCAGCCAGCACCGGUGCAAGCGGCACCUCCGAGGCCGACUGCCACGUCGGUCCCGGUCGACUUGUUUGCAGCCGAGGAGUUUGGUGGGUUUGCCAGUUCCAUUCCUGCUUCGCCGCCAAAGCCAGCACCGCCUAAGAUUACUUCCCCUGCUGGCGCGUCUGUAGCCCUGAAUUCUCCCUUCAAUUUGUCUUCACAGCCAACACCCGCACCCGUACCCGCACCCAGACCAGCGGAGCAACCCUUCAAAACUCCAGCGAUACCUCAGAGCAGUGCAGCCAUGUUUGAUCCGUGGGGUUCGGGCAACGACAGCAGCCCUUGGGGAGCACCGGAACCAGCACCUGCAAAGCCAAGUGCACCCAAGGUUGAACUCGGGAGACCUCCGGCACAUAUCACACCUAAUGACAUCUCUGGAGGAUGGGCUGAACCCAUAUCAACCGCAGGGAGCAAGCCUGUUCAACAGCCAACAGUGACCGCAGAUGAGGACUUCGGAGGAUGGACCUCGGCGCCGACACCAGUGGCAGCACCCCCCAAAGGGACUAGUAGUGGCUUUGGAGGUGCGGCCGAUCCAUUUGACAAUCCGUGGGGUUAA